UAUGGAGUCGCUGAAUCACUUAAAAACUGACUACAGACCAAGAUUCUUCAGAGAUGGUCAAAGAAAAGCUGAUGUUCACCAGGAAAAUAUAUUGGAAUAUAUACAAGACUGCUUUGACAAUUGUGCUAAUGCAUUUACAGCAUGCUCCCCUAGCAAGUCACGUUGCUCAUCCUCUAGCCUGAACCAGGACCAAGAUGAAGUUCCACCUCAUAGUAAUAAGAAAAAACAGACAGAUCCAGAGGCAGAUAAGAUUAACUAUUUGAAGAAUGUCUUUAAUAUUUUCACCUCGUUACCAUCGCCAGAUAGAAAAGACAGAGGUUCAGGUGAUAAUCUAUCAGAAAAUGCUGAAGCAUCAAAUGAAAGCUAUGUGUAUCCUCUGGAUGAGACUGUUGAUGCAUUGCCUUUAGGAUCAGUUGCUCUUUUGCUGGAAGAAGAAGAGGAAUCACAUGGAGGAAUGCUCCAUUUUGAUGAAGAGGCAGUUGUUACAAGUUUACAGAACAUUAGAGGCAUUGAAGAGUCUGAGGGAAGGAAAGAAACACAGGAAUGGCUCAUUGACCAGCCAAAAAGUUUGGCAACAUCAUCAACUCAGAAAAAGCACUUAGAAUCCUUAGUAUCACUAGAAGCUGUGAAAAGAUCUAUGCAACGAAAUGUAAUUGAUGUAGAACCAGAAGAUGAGUGUGAGUUUGUGAUAGAGGAAUCAUUUGGAGUGCCUUCUACAUUUUGGAUCUCAGCAUCCCAGAAGAAAGAAAAGCCUCAGAAGAAUAUCUUAACAGAGGCAUCCUCUAGAGGGGAAAAAAGAAUCAAGCACGAUAGUGUAAAAAAAGUGGGGCAGGCAUCCAAGAAACUAGUUGCAGGAACACCAGUAAAGCAAAGCAAAACAAAGGUAGCUAAGGUUGCUGAAAGAACUAGUGAUAGAUUGAAGAAUGCUUCAAGGAAUAAAGAAAUACUGACUAUGGUAGAAUACCAGUCAAAAUUGGCUGUUAGUGCCAACAAAGAGGUAAGGAAGCAAAUGGAUUCUAAAGAGAAGGCAUCAGGAAUAAAUAAUGAGAGUUGUGGUGACUCUGCAAGCAGAAAUCAGUCAGAGGACCUAGCAUCUUUACUGGAAGAGGGCGAUGAUUUUUCAGUGCAGCCUCAGCCUCUUAGAAAUACUGCACAGGCACAGGAGCCUUCCCAAAGUGAGCAAUGUAUGAGGCAGAAAUGCUCAAAAGUUACGCCCCUGGCAGAAAUACGUAAGGAAGCUUUUCAGUAUUUUACAAACAGAGAUGUGUACUCAGAAGAACUGAUAGAAGACCACCAUUUUUCAAAGGUGGCAUUACCUGUGCAAAGUAUAGCUGAACAAUUACCUUGUAGUAAAAAAUCUGUGAAACAAAUAUGUUCCAAAAUGAAACCAUCAGUAGAAAAGCUUAAUAAAGAUAGGCAAGAGUGCGGAAUUAUAUCAUUGUCCUCAGAGGUUUGCCUGAAUUCUAGGGAUGCAAACAAGCAUUCUGAGGACCAGCUUUCAGUUCUGAAACCCAUUACAAUCAUUGGUCCUGCAGCUCAACAGUCAUCCCAUACUAAAUCAGUAAGGAAGCAGAAGCCUUCAGAUAUUAGCCUACCUGAAAAACAAAUAAAAACUCGAAGUAAUAAUGUUAAAAGGUCUGUUAGGGGCACUAGAAAGAAAAGCAAGGUGCUGGUUUUAGAGGAGAGUUCUGAAAGUAGACAUGAAGAAGAUCAGUGUGAUGCAGGGGGUAAAAGUUUUCAUAAGAUAAGAACAAAUAAAGCACAAAAGACACCAUCUGCUUUGGUAAGCUUGGAAGAGAAUGAUUAUGGAAAUAUAUCUGAUGAACAGAAUCCUUGUGAACAGUGUGCUGCAGAAAUAAGGUUAAAUGCCUCCAAGGAUCAACAAAGCAGCAAUAUGCAUCCUCUGCAGUGUUCUUAUGCACCAGAUGCAAAUAUGAAUAAUAUCAGUGGCCCAGUGUGUAGUAAGAAAAGGUCUUCCAGACAUGCAAUGAUGUUUAACAAGGAGGAUUCCACUUCAGAUGAAUCUGAAGAUUUGGAUAAGAAUUUGGAUGCAUCAUUUUUAAAUUUACUGAAGCACAAACUGGUUUUGCCUACCAACACACCCAAUGUUCGACGGACCAAAAGAAGGCGUGUUAAGCCAUUGGAGUACUGGCGAGGAGAACGUGUGCAGUAUAAGCCAAGCCAUUCAGGAGGCUUUGUAGUUGGUGGAAUAUUAUCACCUGUACAGAACAGAAGCCAUAAAAUUAGGAAGGCAAUAAAACCAGUUGUGGAUUUCGGUAACAUAUCUGAUCAUUCAAUAUCCUUAAAAGAUCCUUCUCAACCAGCUGUUAUAUUUGAUAGCACAUCCCAGCAAGAGGUUCUUCUAGAAUGUGUGAGCAGUGGUAGUUCACAUGCAGUUUUCAUCAGUAAUGAAAAAGUGUCCAUAUAUAAAUAUCUAAGUACACCCACUUUUUCUGCUGGCAAAAUGAUAAUAAAACCGUUAGAAGAAAAGGGAUUUCAAUAUUCCUACACAGAUACAAUGGUUUUUCACAUUGCUUGCGGUAAACUUCUUUUAAAUCUAUAUGGCCAGUGUUACUGUCUGACUGAUGGAGACUAUUUUUUCAUCCCACCAGGGAAUGUAUACAAUAUACGUAAUCUCUUAAAUAAAGAAUGUGUCAUUCUCUUCACACAGCUGAAAGGAAACAGGUCAGAAGAAACAUAGCCUUAUAUCUAUAUCUCAUGGAGCAACUUGGACAUUAUCUCAUUAAAAACAGUACAGGGGUUCUCUGGAAUCCUGUUUCCUUACCAGCUCUGUUGAUAUGCUGUUUCCAGGACAAGAAAAUAAGUGCAAUUUUCUACUGUUGAGUUGUAUCUUUUUCUGAUUUGAUAUUCCAUAAGUUCUUUUCUUUGUUGUAAUAUAAUAUACAUCAUCCUUUUAAAAACAACAACUCUUGAAGGAAUAAUGUUAACAACCUCCCUAAUUUCUUGCCUUGAAACAGGGGGCUAUGCUGUUUCUAAAGUAGUUAAGCAUCUGAUAGUAGUGAAGCUAACUGCUUCAGUGGUAGACACCCAGCUUGGUACUUCUGCAGCUAAAAUGUCAGCCUAUAUUCGACAAAUGGAGAAUAUAUCGCUUGUCUCAAAAGCAAUACAAUAUUCCAUUUUGCCAGUGCAGUUCUGCAGCAGUGCCGGAGGUAAAGACAUGGCCAUUCUGAAGACUCUUCAUACAAGUGGCCAUCCAUGCCAAAGUGCAAGUAAGAGCAGAGGUUAUCUUUGUGGCUGGAUCCUACACUAUGUGCUUAAUUGCUUGGUACAACAUUGGAUGAAGCUGUUAGAUAUUUUUCCUUUUUUAUUGUUUGUUAUUUUUUGUGUUUAAUAAAACUGUAAUAAUGCAUAUGUGAUUUGGUUCUUGAGAAGUUUUCA